UUUCAGUCAGUCUGUCAAGAAAUAGUAAAGAUGGUUGGAAAAAUUCGCAAAGCAAAAAUAAAUAAAAAGAAAUCGCUCGCAACUGGAAUUGCCCGCAACGUAGACUUUUCCGUUGAAAUUAAGCAAUUAUUGGCUGGUAUGGGCGUUGUCAACAAUGUUGACCCGGAAUGUAUUAACCUAUUAAAUGAUCUGGUUAUUCAUUUCAUAAAAAAUUGUACGAAAGAGGCAAUGAAACAUAUGACAGGAACGGUAUUGGAUGGUGCAGCUGUCUUGAAAGCUCUUAGCUAUGAUGCGGCAAAACACGAUCAGGCACAAUACAUUAUGCAACAAGAAGAAAUUGGCAAACCUCAUCGUCCCUAUUUGGACCGCUGAUGUAUUGAUGUAUUA